AUGCCGCUCGAGGCCUUCAAGAGCCCGAUCGUGUGGUCAUUUUAUGGGAUCCUUCAGUGGACGUCAUGCGACAACUUGUUGAGGCGGCUGCUCCCAACCAUUCUGCCCGGGGUCUGGGAGCUCUUUGAGAAAGAGCAGUGGACCAUGCAGGACCUGCUUGCCCUCGAGAUUGUCCGCCCAAAGGAUACACGCAUGGGCGUUUAUUGUGACCUGAUUACAGGACAUUUCUCCGGCCAGAAUAAUACCCAAUGCGAUAUGUACGCUGGGUAUAGUAGCGCAGUGGGCAAGCGAUGCUACGUCGGGCAUGCUGCUUGUAUCAGAAAGCGAGACAGGUCCAACUCCCACUACCAGCGGGCAUGUUCACCUCAAGCAACAGGCAACUACUUCAAGUUACUUGCCGUGUUCCUUCCGCGACAGGACACUGCGGCGGCUCAGCUCUUGGAGGGUCUGUUUAUGAUCCUCCUGGAUACCUGGAAGGCAGAUGGGCGGCCGUGUAGGUUCUGUCCGCAGACCACGUUUGACUUAGCCAAGGACGUCCGGCCUGACUGGUUGUUCACACCAGGGUGGAAUGGACUGAAUAUGGUUUGGUCCUUGAAGCAGGGAACCGUCGGCACGGAGUUGCGUGGAGAAUCGACGUGCUGCAAUGCUCCGUGUAGCAACCGUGUUGCGCGACGAGCGGAUAUGAUUUGCCAUCGCGAGCAAGGUACGGACAUGAAACGUCGCUUCUCCCUUGACCCCUUGGACGCUUUCGCUGGGUUUAUUUGUGAAUCUUGCUGGAAACAGCGCCGUGACAAUGGCCAAUUGCCCAACGCAGAGUGGAUUCACAACCGCGAUGUUGAGCUGAAGUUGGCUGCCGAGAACAAGGCUCGUAUCGAACGGCGCUGUGACCACUGUGGGGAUGUCCAAAAUCCCAACGCGCGCGAUUUUCACUACGUCCAGGCUGCUCACAUGAUUAUGUGCGCGGGAUGCAGCCAGCACUGGUAUGAGCACGACGAGCCGCGAGACCUUGGUGGUAAGAUUCGCCAGGAGGAGCGAGAUGCAGCUCGCAAAGCCGACGCCCGGUGCCAAAAUGGCAACUGUCCAAUAACGGAGGUUCUUAGCCUGAAGAGAUUCGGCAGGCCUCUUCUUUGGAUAGAAGGUCGCGGACUUCGCUGCCAGAUGUGCUAUAGAUCCAUAAUGGACAAUGAGGGCCGAGAAAAACCCGACCCGCUUAGCACCUUCUCCUCGGAAGAGCUAGACAGGCUUCGGCAGAUGCCUUCUCGUACCUGCUCUACCUGCGAGGGCAAGGAGGGAGUGCUUGGUGUUAGCACAACCUGGUUCAAGGGCGACAACGGCGAGGAUAUUUGCCUCGCCUGUGACAGGUACUUCAAGCGGACCCACAAGCACCGAACACCGCAGCAGCAGCGCUUGAACGAGGCUGUGGAGCGGGUGAAAAAGGACCGGGAAGAGGGAAUCGAGGUCCUUUGCGGCGUAUGCAACAGGAAAGAGAGUGCAGUGGCCAAAAAGUUUGUUGUGCACCCGGAACUGUGCGUACCUCUUUGCCGUAAGUGCAACGCUGCCGCGAUCAAACUGGCCAAAGAAGCUGCGAAUGCCGGUGACAACUCGAUGUGA